AGAGAGAGAGAGAGAGAGAGAGAGAAGAGGGUGACCAAACGGAGGGAGGAGGGAGGGGGAAACGGCGUAUGCUUGUAUACAACCCUGAUUUCCAUUUUUUUCCCAACUCGUAAUGUAUUUAAUUCAAGUGAAACGUAAUCAUGACGUGUCGUGUCAUUAAUCUCCUCGCCGCCUCUCCCAAAAUUAAAGGAGGAGGCUGCCACAGAAGUGUGUCCCCCAUCAGCCGAGACACUAAAGAAUGGCAUAACAUCACACACACUGCUGAGGAUGGAUUCGCCGCCAGAGUGUGUGUUGUCUCUUUCUUGUGAGCAGCCCCAGUCCCCCCCAACACUGCCAUCCCUGGACCACAGCCCCCAGGCCUCUUCCCCUCACACCCUGCUCUCUUUACCUGACAGCCCCGUUGUUCUGCCCAUUCACAGCCCUGAACCUUCCCCUCAGAGCCUGGACACCACGCCUUAUUUCCCCCUCUCUCCCUUCCCCCUCCACGAGGACAGCAACAAUCACCAUGAUGUUGAUGAAGAAGAUGAUGAAGAAGAACUGGAUGGAGUUCCUCCAUCCCCAACCCCAGCAGUGGCUCUGUUCCCAGGAGGAGGAGGGGGACAAGAUGCGGGAUGCAGCCCUUGUUUGGACUCUUCUCCACCGACCACACCAUCAGCGCCAGUCCUUGGGUUUGGAGCCCUGGAGCUGGCCCUUUCAUCGGGACAGAGUGGAAACUGCAAUGACGAGCUAGACCUCCAGCUGUUCCAGAAGGAUACUGUUACCAGGGCAAUACCUGGAGUGGGAGGGGCCUCGUCAGGGCCUGCGCUCAGGUUUCCUUGUCACGUAUGUGGGAAGAGAUUCCGAUUCCAAAGCAUUUUGUCUCUUCAUGCACGAGCUCACAGUCUGGACCGAGACCGCAGAGCUUCAGCUCUAUACCGGACUGGACUCCCCUCAGCACCUCUAAAGCAGCACCUCAAAAUCCAACAGAACCACAAAGACUUAACCCAGAAUCACAGAAAUCCCCCAAACCAGCGUUUACUGCCAGGGACCCUCAUCCAACAUCUCACAGAAGAAGAGGAUAUUGAUGGUGAGGUCAAAGAUCUAGAUGAUACCCUACAGGCAGACCAGAGCCCAAACUUUUUACUGGAUGACAGCACACCAUUGACCCCUCCACUUACAGAGGACCCUGUUUCCGUGACCUCUCCUUAUUCUUCUACCAUUGUGGAGGGUGCGUCUACUCCCAUAGCACCCACGUUUCGCUGCCAUGCCUGCAAAGGAAAAUUCCGCACGGCUUCGGAGCUGGCACGCCAUGUUAGAAUUCUCCACAACCCAUAUAAAUGCACUCUUUGUCCUUUCUCUGCCAGCCAAGAAGAGAGCCUGGCAUCUCACUUGCAGGAGUGCCACCCUUCCCCUGAGGUACCUGCUCUGCCACCGGCCUUCAGUUCCAGGCCAGUCAUCGCGACCCCUGACACUCCUGUUCCCACACCGGCCCAUACCCCAGCCCCAGCCCCAAGUACCCCACAGAUGACACCAGCUGCUACAGUGGCAGCAUCUGCCUCACUGCCAGCAUUUCGCUGUGAUACUUGUGGACAGCGGUUUACCCAGUCUUGGUUCCUGAAGGGACACAUGCGAAAGCACAAGGACUCCCUGGACCAUAAGUGUCAAGUAUGUGGCCGUGGCUUCAAGGAGCCUUGGUUCCUCAAAAACCACAUGAAAGUACAUCUCAACAAGCUUGGGCUAAAGGCUGGGCUGGGAACUCUUGGGGGACCAGGAGGUGCUGAGCAGCAGGCCAAAGGCUCUGCUAGUAAUCAGUCUCUCAAUGCGCUCUACUCAAGCCUACUUCUGGCCCAGCGUGGAGGUGGCAGAGGUGGACAAGGAAGAUCAGAGAGUGCCAGAAUCGGGAUGGGCUCCAGCAAGUCAGCCAUCCUCGGCUACCUGGGGUUGCCCAGUGAUGGCAGCGGGGCCAGCUGCAUGGAGAGACUUCAAGCAGUGGCUCAGGUGGCAGAGAUGGGAAACGGUGGUGGCGGUGGCAUUGGCAGCUCAGGAGGAGGGGGACCAACUAGAGGAGGUGAAACUACAGCAUCAGUUUCAGAAGGAGGAGACCAGGCAACUUGGUGGCAGCUGGUGGCUCGCAGCCUGGCUGUAGCUCAGCAGCAGCAGCAGCAGCAGCAGCAGCAGCAGCAGCAGCAGAGGCCCCACCAAAGAGGCCAGCAGCAAGGCCAGCGAGGCCAAGGUCGGAACUCUGUCAUCACAGAGGCUGACCAAGUCAGAGCCUACCUUGGAGGCCUGGAUCCAAGAGAAGAGUCUGGAGGAGCAGGAGGGCCAUGGGAAUGCCCAGACUGUGGAAAACUUUUCCGCAGCCUGCAGCAGGUGGUGGUUCAUGCACGCGUUCACACUCAGAGACCCCAGAAAGGAGGUGGCGGCGAAGAGGAGGGGAGUGGUAGUCGUCGAGGAGCGGGGCUAGGAAGAGGAGGCAGCGGUGAAAUGAGACAGGAAUCUCAGCUACACAGUGGUGGAUCCCAACAAACAGGAGAUGUGAGACAGGAAUCAAAACUGCACAGUGGUGGAUCACAACAAGCAGGAGCAGCUACAGGGUUUCACUCUGUCAUCUCAAGCUUCAAAGGAGAAAAUGGCUUGACAGCAGUCUCCUCCAUACCUUCAGUUCCCACCAGGGAGCGAGUGCGUGGUAGAGGGAUAAAAGACUGCCCCUACUGUGGUAAAGCCUUCCGCUCUUCACACCAUCUCAAAGUACACCUGAGAGUUCACACAGGUGAGAACUGCUGGGAGAGACCCUACAAGUGUCCCCACUGUGACUAUGCGGGUACGCAGUCGGGCUCACUGAAGUACCACCUCCAGCGGCACCACAGGGAGCAACGCAAUGCCUUGGCAGCCUCCUCCAAUUCCUCCUCCUCUGGUCUAACCUCCACUAUCAACAGUCUGACCUCCGGAACCUCUGGGAUGGCCAAGCAGCGCCGAUCCCAGCUCAACCACUGCCCGGUCAACCGAGGCCCAACCGACAGCCCCACCUCUCGGCCCAGCCAGCAGUCCUGGCUUCUGGGGCUUCCAGACCAGCGGGAGCAUCGGAAAGCAUUGGCGGCUCUUAGGGAUGUCGACUUGGAGACCCAGUACAGGUAUCUGUCUGGAGUGAUGGGGGCCCUUUACCAAGGUGGAAUGGAAGGGGGCUGGAUCAGGGAGUCUCCUCCACCGAAGGCCCCUAAAGUGUCCCGUCGUAAGCCCCUUACUACUAGCCGAAUGGUUCAGUCGUCAGGUGACAAGGAAGGAUCUGCACCUUCAACUCAAGAAGGUGGGUUUGAACCCCUGGAUCUGUCCCGUCGCCCCUCACCUGGCCUUGGAGGGAUGGAGGAAGACGGAGGCAUGAGCGUAGGGGGAGGAGGUGUCAGUGGUGGUGAUGGCGGAGGGGAUAGUUCAACAGGGAUCAAACUAAGCCAGUGUUUGUUCUGCCCUUUCCGUACGUCCUCUGCAGAGCUGAUGGCCAUGCAUCUCCAGGUCAACCACACCAGUAAGUCCAGACGCAAAAGAGGCCCUUCGACUGUCUUGGAUGAUGAUGGAGCCCCAAAGGCCACCAAGGCCCGGACGGAUCACUCUGAUCUCGACCCUCUGACAAUAUGGAGUCAUGUGAGCGAGGCAGAGUCCCAGGCACCCCUGGGGGAAUGGUCCUCAACUCAGGCCAAGACCCUGAACGGGCUCUCUGAGGAUACAGCAGAACAUCUGGACGAUAUCCUCGACCACCCAGACUCCAACGAGGCCUCAGUAUCCAACAAUGUAAGAGACGGUCUGGCACUCAAAGAAAAGAUGGAGGGAGAUGAGGACGAGCAAGAGGAGGAAUUGGAAGAGAAUUUGGACAACAGCAGUCUGGAGGAUUCACAGGACCAGGAUCUGCGGAUGUCUCUUGCUCUGUCACCAGCCCUGAGCUCCAACCACAUGGUGGGAGAGGAGGAUCGAGUCUUAACAGAUUAAAAUGAUGUUGGAUGCCACCGUUUAAAUUGGAGAGUUGGGUUUGAUGUGUUCAACAACAUUUGACACAGAACUGGAGAAGGGGUAGAUAGCUUUGCAGAGCAAAAAUGGGUUUAAUGUAAAAUUUGCCCCUUUAUACAUUCAUUUCUGGACAGAGGAUCCUUGACUCCUGAGGUUUUGGAAAGGACGGAGAGAAAAAUAACUGCCGUUAUGUUCCCUCCGACAUUAUUUGUCUACUUCAGUUCUGACAGUGUGGUCGUCCACAAAAUAAAGGCCUGUACAAAAGAGCAUAGAUGCAUCUUUUCAGGAUUUUAUAGGCCACUUUUCAGUUUUUUUUUUCCAAGCUUCACUCCAAGAUGGAAGAUUUUUGACCUCCUAUUUGAUAAAUGAAAGAAACAUGUAUAAGAUCUAGGGCGGAUCCUGCAUCCUUCCACAUGCAUUUAUUCCACACUAAUAAUGGACUGUAUAUCCCAGACUACUGUACUGACCAAGCUGAAGCCAGCUGUGAAGAAAUGCUCUCCUGACUGACCACUGAACAGUUUGAAACCUCAAACUUCAAGUUCCUCCUCAGCCCACACAGAUAUGGAGGAAAGUUUAGUCUAGAAAAGUUUCAAGCUAUGAACCUCAGCUAAGCUAUUUGGUAUUAAUUUAAGGCAUGAGGUAACUGUUGCAGGCUGCGUGCUUUCCCUCAACUAUGUAUCACUGCCUUGUUUGUCUGAAAAGUGUUUCUAGACGAUUGUCCUAAAGAUAAACAGAAAGAAAAGUUUGUAACAGUUUCUUUUUCAGUUAGUGCCUGUUCAUGUAUGUUGUCAAGAGAGUCUCUGGUAUUCAUUUGUACCGAGGCUCUGAUAGGUAAUUAAUUUUAUCUGAAUAUACAGUUUAAAACAAUUUAAGUACAGUAUAUUUGUUGAAAGUGGUUCUAGGGUGUUGUGAAUAGUUAAGUUGUAAAAGAAACGCUACAUUGCAGCGUGAUGUCCUUGACACGGGCAGUGACCGUUUGUGGCUCAGCUUGAAAAGCAAACACACACAAAAAAAAAGGAAAGCAGUUGAUAUAAAUAAUGUAUAAUGCGAUAAAAGAGGUCAAAGGCUGAGUGAUAAAAAGGGGUCACAGUUCAAAAUUCAGUGUUUACAAUGGUGCCGGAUGCGGGUUUCGGUUGCCAAGGCAGCGUAGAUGCGUGGAAAAGAACAAAACACAGAGCGGGAGUCUGUUUGAGGGCUGUAGGGAGGUCACUCGAGUCCCCAAACACAAUCAACUGACACAUCCUUUUUAAAAGAGACAGAGACUUAGCAACUGUGUCAAAAAAAAAAGAACAAUUUUGUUUAUCCUCCAUAGGAGAGAAGAUACAAGGUAGAGAACGCAAAAGAAAGCAGUAUCCCUGCCAAACUAAAUCUGAGAAACAAACUGUACUCUUGGGGGUAUGGUGUCUUUUAGAUGAGUAGAUUCCCUCUCUUCUUUUUUUAUAAGAAAAGAACAGACAAUGGUAGGAGUAAUUAUUAAAACACUAACAAAUGCAUAGACAUCCCAGUAGAAUAUGUGUAGCUUUUGUAAAGACGAGAAAAAAAAGCAGACUUUUGUUUAUUUUCAUUUCAAGAUGCUUACAGAAAAAGGUUAUCAAUAUAGGUAAUAUUGAUUAUAAUGUUUGUGAGCUAAGACUAGUUGGAAUGUCUAUACAGAGCACUGUGCAAGGUUUGAGUUCCCAAAGUAGUUGUUCUUAUUUUGACUUUAUCGAUAGACCAAACGUUUUUUCAAUGGAAGUUGUCACUUUCUGUUGUCGUUUUAAAUGUGUAAAGCUGUGGUUUCAAUAGAUCUACCCCAUCAAUGAGUCAAUUGGUUGAUCAGCGUUUCAAAUAUCCAACCACUGAACUGGUUGUUAAAGAAAGUUCAAAUUCAAAGUCAUUUUUGUGUCAUCAACUGCUAUAAACUGAAAACAAUCAAUCCCAUAUCAUGACUUUCUUGUGUUUCCAAGGUAUAUUUAGGAAAGAAAAAAAAUGAAUGUGAGACAGUAAUAUCCCCUUACGCUGUUUGACAACCACUAUUUAUCUCCUUAGCCUACUUCUUGAUGGGGUAUUCUGUGAUUGCAACCACACCUUAAUGUGCAUUAAUGUGUUUAAGUUCUUUUUUUAGAGCACCUUAUGAGUUUUGUAGUAAAAGUCCCUUAGUGGUGUCUCCUUAACAACUACUGUCAAUGCCAUCGUGCCUUCUGUUUCAAGCACUUCCUGGUGUAUUUUGUAAAACUCACCAAAAGCACUUAGCCUAUAUCUACACACUCUCUUUCUUCCUCUCCGUCUCUGUCCUUCCGCUUUCCACCUUUUUCUCCUCUUUUCUCUUCCUCUUCUCUUUCAUCACCUCAGACCGUUUUUCCUAAUCUUUUUCUCGUGUCUAUACCUCCUGACCCCUCCCUCCUGGGGGGGGGGGAGAGCUGUUUUCCUACCAGAUCUCUCUCCUGCUCUUCAGGCCCGUUCGGCCUUAAACAAGGUCACUAGGCCUUAUUACAAUCUAGCGUGGCUAGACCCUUGAAAGAAUGGACUACCUAACCUUUAGACGAGUAAAAAAUCAUCAUAGAUGUAGGGUUAUACUACUUUUGGUCUUAAUACUAACCCUUGGUAAACCAAAGCCCAAGUUUAAGUCUAAUGAAUAUUAUAUUUAAUCUUAUAAAAAGGUGCCAAAACAUGUCCGAGGUGACACUAAAGCAUGUAUCAACUUGAUAAAAAACAAAAUAAUUCACCUGUCUUCUCUCUUCUUUAAUCCCUCCCUCCCUCCCUCCCUUUCUCUCUCCCAUGCUUGCUCUUCCUCCAUGCCCCUCUCUCGUCCGUAAACUGUCUAUCUCUAGCACCACUUGAAGGUGACGUGUACUAUCUGGUAUUGAGGCCUUUAUUAGAUUUUUAUUUCAGUUCGUGUGGUGUUUGUUCAAUGCCGUUGAGAUGGAAAAAUGCUCUUCUUAUAAUGAUAAUUAUUAUUGUUUUGGCAUUAUGGUUAAAAAAACGAAAAAAAAAAAAACAAGAGAAAUGUGUUGUUGAAUGUUGUACAGAUAGAACUAGAGAUGUUGUGUUUUUUAAAGAGAGCACAAACCUGAGUGAUGGUCCCUUCUACUCCUCCCUCCGGCAGAUGGGAAUAAAACAGCCUGCCAAUCAAUCUAGAUGUCUAAUGACAGAAAUUUCCUUGGUGAUGACAGAUUUUCAAAAUAAACUCUUUGUCUUAGUAGCUUUUUCUCUGGAGAUUUGAUUGUAAAAAAGGCAGCCUUUGACUCAAACUCCAUUCCCAAAUUUCUCCCAAAAUCCUCUCUGAAAGCAGCACUUGAGCCAGUAUUUGUACUCUUUUGAAGGUAUAUUUUGAUUUCAGAGAACCAUGACUACUUUGCCUACUAGGAGUUAGACAAACACGCGGGAGCCUUUUUAUGUGUCCAUAAGCAGUCUGAAAGAAUGUUCAAGCCCUUAUUAGCUCACUUCCAUCUAUAUGAUCAGCAGAAGCUUCGCUGGAAACUGGUGAAAUACACCUUUACGUUUCUCCAAAGAUGGACAGCUGCUCUAUUUAAACCAUCUGUUACAUAAAAAUGUAUUUAUAGAACUACUCAUUUCGCUCAAAGAAGUGAGAUUAUGCCGACCUUCUGCUUUUGUGUGCCACCAGCCACAAUGGAGGGAGGGAUGCAAAAAACCUCUUAUUUUUUUGGGAUAAAAAUAGUUCCAAACUCCUCAGUGUUAAAGGUGUAUUUCGCCAUUUUUAAUUGAGCAAAGCAAGAUUGAGCCUUACCUGCAAAGUUCACAGAAGGACACAUUAAAAAGGCACCUUAGAGUUUGUCUGACUUUGAGUGAAGUUGGGAAAAUGGCUGAAUUCUCUACAAAACAAACUAUCCCUUUACACUUGCACAGGUUUUCAACUGAACACAAUGUUGCUUCCCUUGUGAUUUUUUCUAACGUAUGUGAAAAUUGCACCUUAUUAUCUCCUGAUUGUGAAUCAGAUCAUUUCACCAAAAGGAUAACACUAUAAUUUAGUGUGGGGCUGAUGCUGCAUAUACAGUGUCUGUAGUUUUUUAUUAAGAAAUGACAAAUCUUUGCGAGGUGAGGGGGCCGUGCUGGGUUUGGGCUCUUGUGUAGUUUACUGCCAUUGCAGUGAGGGAAAACUGAUCUAACAUAGUAGUGACUAAUAUGACUUUGUGGACAGAAAAAAAAAAAAUACAAAUAAAAUGCAUUAGAAAUAAAUAAACACAAACAAAAUAA